AUGCCCGUCACACAAUUCGACUUCAAGGAGCGGUAUCGCUACCAGAAUGGCUUCGGCUGCCAGCACGAGACCGAAGCCGUCCCUGGGGCGUUGCCCGUAGGUCACAACUCGCCCCAGAAGCCGCCACACGGUCUCUACGCCGAGAAGCUGUCCGGGACGGCCUUCACUGCGCCACGGCAUGAGAACCAGCAGACCUGGCUCUAUCGCAUCCUGCCAUCAUGCGCACACCCGUCCUUCCAGAAGUCCCCGGCUCCGUCGUCCACGCCCGGCGGCAGCGGCAGCGAGGCUGCCUCGUCGCUCUCCUUCUCCAACCUCCAAUACAUCCCCAACCAGCUGCGCUGGGACCCCUUUGACCACGACACCGAGACCGACUUUGUCUCGGGGCUGCACCUCAUCGCCGGCGCAGGCGACCCGACCAUGAAGGCGGGCAUUGGCAUCUUUGUCUUUGCGGCGGGCAAGUCGAUGCCGGCCAACGAGGCCUUCUACUCUGCCGACGGCGACCUGCUGCUGGUCGCGCAGGACGGCGUGCUCGACAUCCGCACCGAGCUGGGCUGGCUGCUGGUCCGGCCCAUGGAGAUCUGCGUGAUCCCGCGGGGCAUCAAGUUCCAGGUGCACCUCCCCGGCAACACGCCGAUCCGGGGCUACGCCCUCGAGCUAUACCAGGGCCACUUUGCGCUGCCCGAGCUGGGGCCCAUCGGGUCCAACGGGCUGGCCAACGCGCGCGACUUCCAGGCGCCCGUGGCGUGCUUCUCCGAGGACCACGGUCCCAGCACGGCCGCGGACGGGCCCAACCGCUACAAAAUCACCUGCAAGUUCAACAACACCCUCUUCCACACGGCGCAGGCGCACACCCCCUUUGACGUGGUCGCCUGGCACGGCAACUACUUCCCCUACAAGUACGACCUGGGCCGCUUCAACACGAUCGGCAGCAUCUCCUUUGACCACCCGGACCCGAGCAUCUUCACCGUGCUCACCGCGCAGUCGGACCGGCCGGGCACCGCGGUCGCCGACUUUGUCAUCUUCCCCCCGCGCUGGCUCGUCGCGGAAGACACCUUCCGCCCGCCAUGGUACCACCGCAACACCAUGUCCGAGUUCAUGGGCCUGAUCGGGGGCGUGUACGACGCGAAAAAGCCCGGAAAGGGCGGGUUCUCCCCGGGAGGGGCCAGCCUGCACAACGUCAUGUCCGGGCACGGGCCGGACGCGGCGAGCUACGAGGGCGCCAGGAAUGCGGAGCUGCAGCCCACGCUCGUGGGCAAGGGGGGUUGCGCCUUCAUGUUUGAGAGCUGCCUCAUGGUCGGGGUCACCGAGUGGGGGCUCCGGACGUGUCGGAAGGUGCAGGAGGAGUACAACAGUCACUCGUGGGAGACGGUCCGCGUGCACUGGAAGAGGCCCGAGGGGGUGGAGGCGGAGGAGGGCAGGCGUGGGCACUUGCUGUAA